CGUUUUAGCAUCAGUUUGCUAUUUUGAUCUGGCAAUUCUGGGUAAAGAUCAUAGAUAUAAUAAUAAUAAAUAAAGAUGUUGUCUCUCAUACGGACGGUAUCGUAUGGGGGAAGCAAGAAUUAUUUAAUUUUUUCUGCUGCUAGAACAUUGUCCACUACUUCAGUGGUUAAUGGGAACUCGGGUGGUGGUGAAGGAUGGCUCAGCAAAUUAUUGCAUGUCCGAAAAAUAGAACCUACAAAAGAUUCUCAUUCAAAACUGUUAUCUGACACAGAGAGAGUCUAUGAACUACAAAUCCAUGAUGUGAAGCCAGAUUGUAUUGAAGCAUAUUUGAAAGGAUAUGAAACAUUAAGCCAGAGUCUACAUCAAAAAUCUGAAUUUGCAGAGCUUGUGGGAAGCUGGAGGGUAGAAAUUGGAAAUCAGGAUCAGUUUAUUCACAUAUGGAGAUAUAACCGAGGAUAUGUGAAUGCUAAUCAAGUUUUAACAUUAUGCCGUGAAGAUCAAGAACUUAAAGCUUUGUCAAAAGACCUAGUCAAGAACAUUAUUUCACGUAAUAAUCAAUAUAUGCUGCCAUUUAGUUUUUGGGGUGAUCCAGAACCUCAAAAUCGUAACAGUAUGUAUGAAAUGAGGUCAUAUGUUUUAAAGCCAGGUACAAUGAUAGAAUGGGGUAAUAAUUGGGCAAGAGGAAUAAAUUAUCGUAAGAGCAGUGCUGUUGCUGGCUUUUUUUCUCAAAUUGGCCAACUUUAUAUGGUUCAUCAUAUUUGGACUUACAAAGAUCUCUUGUCAAGGAAAGAAAUUCGAGAAGCUGCGUGGAGGAAACCUGGUUGGGAUGAAUGUGUUGCAUAUACAGUUCCUCUUAUUCGUGAGAUGAGGAGUCGUUGGUUACGCCCAUGUUCUUUCUCACCAAUCAAAUGAGAUGAUGUUUUAGCAGCCUUUUCUAUGUUGAAUGCAGCUGAUAUUUUGUGCAGUUGUCUUAGAAAGCACAAAUAAUUGUUACAUCCAUAUUUUAUUUUAACUACUCCCAAAUUUUUUGGGAAUGAAAUAUUCUCAAAUUUGAUACAAAAUUUUUUUUCUUUUUUUGACAUACUCAUCAAAUUGUUUCUCAAGUUAUUGUAUCUCAACAUUGUAUUUUUGAAUACAUUAAUGUUUGCUUUUCCAGUUUUGAUUUAGAUUUUUAUACAAACUGUAAUACUGUGAUAAUGAUGCGAUUUAUUUGUCUUAAGAUUUUGAUCUUUAUCCCCUUCCAGAAGUCUUCUUGUCACUUUCUGUGUAGUUAUAAUUUUAAAAAAAAGUGUUUUGUAUUCUCUGUUAUUUUUAAUUGCUCCUAAUGAAUUGUACAAAAUACACUCCAUAGAACAGACUAUUUUCUUAUAUAUGAAGCAUUGUUGCUUUUGUGAUAAAAAAAGUAACAUGAGUAUGGUGCUGAGAUGUAAUUUUAUAUCAAUGCAAAAAUUUUAAAUGUGGUUUAUUGCCUGUUGUUAAAAUUGAAGAGGAAAUAAUUGAGUCAUUGAAUUAUGCAUUUGGAAAACAAAUUUUUUUAAAAUAUAAAACUUUAAUUGAACUGUUAUCUUAAAAAUUAAUAAAUAUCAAUUUUUAUGUUGAAGUUGUUUGUUCCAUUGAUCUCUUUGAAGUUCGCUGAAAUUUAAUAAUGGAUGAUUUACUGAAGAAAUAAUUUUAAAUGCAGUUUUUUUUUUUCUAGUAUUUAGUUCAGGUUAAUGUACUUUUAGUUAUUGGUGAGUGGAGAAAUACUUAUUAAAUAACAUUUCUAGUAAUUUUUUUUAAAAAUAAGUGUUGAAUUUUGUGAAAUGUGAACAAUAUGAUCCUGUACAUGUUAAAAGUAUUUUUAAAAGAGAACUUCCAACAACCUGUCCAGUAUAGUAUUUCCUAAAUGUUAGUGCCACAUUGUGUCUUUUAUUUUGAAUGAAUGAAAAAAGUGUACAGCAUUGUCACAUUUGAAAUAAAAUUGAUUAUUCCUACGUG